GACGAGCCGCCGAAGGUGUUAAGGGCCCCGUCCUCCCCAAUCCGCCCCGCCCCCCGUGACUAGCCGGGAGUUGCUGGGCGCCGUGGAGCGGCCUUAGGGCUUGUAUUGAAGACAGACAGCUACUUCACUGCCAAAAUGUCAUCUUCCACCUCUACACCAGAGAGUGCCUGUAGAACACCACCUCAACAAGUCAAACAGCUACGACCAAAACCGCCACUCCUGAAGAUUCUGCGAGCUGCAGGUACUCAAGGUGAAACUUUCACACUAAAGGAGCUUGUACAUUACCUUGGAGAGUAUAUCUCAAAGAAGCAGCUAUAUGACAAAAAACAGCAGCACAUGGUGUAUUGUGGAGGAGACCAGCUGGGGGAUCUUCUAGGUUGUGAAAGCUUCUCUGUGAAUGACCCAAGACCAGUUUAUGAGAUGCUGAAACGGAAUGUGACUGCUGUUAUUAUUACUGUUACAGAUGCUGCACAGAGACUUGCUCUCGCAAAGGAUCAAAGCAUGAAUAAUCCAAGUCAAGACCAACUGAAGCAGAGUAGCACAGACAGAAACUGCACUUCUGGGCGAAAAGAGAAUGAAGUUGACACACCUGCCUUGUCUGUCUCAAAUACGUUCAAGGACGAUGAAGAUAACCUUUCAAAAGAACAACCCACACUGGAUCUGGUGCUUGAAGAGUGGGAUGUAGCUGGUCUUCCAUGGUGGUUUUUAGGGAAUCUGAGAAACAACUACAAGUCUAGAAGUAAUGGCUCAACCGAUAUACAUAUGAAUCAGGAUGUAGACACCACCAUUGUUUCAGAUACCACUGAUGACUUGUGGUUCCUCAAUGAAGCUGCUUCGGAUCAGUUUGGUGUUACAAUCCCAGCUAAAACAAUUGACUGUGACCAUGCCAGUGAAGAAGGAAAAGAUGGCAGCAAAACUGUGAGUGAAGCUGAAUCAUCUGAUGACUUUGAAGAUUUACAGUCCUUAAACGAUGAAACAAACAUAGAUCCUCCCUCCAAGGACUAUUGGCAGUGCACAAAAUGCAAGAAGUUUAACUCUCCCAUUAAACGAUACUGUUUCCGCUGCUGGGCCUUGCGGAAAGACUGGUUCUCUGACUGCCCCAUGUUAGCACAUUCUCUCUCCUCAUCCAACAUUGCCACAAUGCAAAGCAAAGAGGACACAGAAGGGAUAGAUGUCCCAGACUGCCGAAGGACAGUAUCUGCUCCACUUAUGCAUUCCAAAGACCCAUGCAGAUCAGAAAUCAAACCCAACCUACGUCCUGGAAGCUCUGUGGAUUCUCUGGAUCUUGCAGGCAAAGAGCCUUUGUUGCAGUUUGGUAAGCACAAAGAAAAGUGUUCCCUUGAGAGUAGCAAGGAAUUGCUGAAACCUUGUGUUGUGUGUCAGAAGAGGCCACGGAACGGGAAUAUUGUCCAUGGAAGGACAGCUCACCUGGUUGCCUGUUUCACUUGUGCAAAAAUGUUAAAAAAAUGCCGGUCACCUUGCCCAGUGUGUAAGAGACAGAUUCAGAUGGUGAUCAAGACUUUUAUAGCAUAGCAAUGUCGCUUGUCAGUUGCUGCGGAGCAAGGAACAUCAUUCAGUGGACAAUAACUAAAGGAUAAAGAUGUAUAUUUAGAAGUAUAUUUAUAUAUAUAUUUUUUACCAGAGGGGGGAAUGAGAACUCCAAAAAGAAAUAUGUCAAGCCUACUAGUAACAAAAUGUGGAAAACCCGCGAGCCAAAUUUCUUGACCAUUUAUACAGCCUGGAAAUUAACAUGCAGUUAUCAGAUUGACUGGCAAAGGGUUCUUUGUUAUAACUAUGUUAGCUGACUAUGUAAAAGCCGUAAGAUGAGCAUUUCUUUGUGCAGAAUGGUGCUAGUUCCAAAGUGCGGGAAUCUUAUUGUGUGACUGUAUCGAGCUGUGUUUUUCUCUUACUGUGCAAUUUAACCCACGAGCAGAGAUACCUGCUCUUUGCAUAACUUUCAUUGUGGUAUUGAAAAAAUUCACAAAGGUAGUGUGAAUGCCUGUUAGAAAAUAUACCUGUGCAAUUCUCACCCCUCAGAAUUAGGGAGUAAAGCACUUUCAAUUUGAGUUUAUGUGCAUGGGGCUAUUCUUAAUGGAUGGCCCCUCUUCUGUGAAAUGUUAAUGCGGUGGUGCUCCAUGUCCCUCUCUGAGUGUAGGCUCUUCACAAUAUAGCUAACCCUUAAAUCAACCUUCACCAACCCAGUGCCUUUCAGAUCUUGGGUUGAUGAGUGUUGCAAUUGAAAGCUUGAUGAAGGCUGGCUUACACCCUCUUUCAGUUUUCUAAGUUAUUUGUAGUUUUAAGAAUAGUCUACAAUUUAUGUAGCAUCUGAAAGAACCCUUGAUUUCUGGAUACUCAGUUUUUCAAGAGUGACCGGCUAGAGCCUUUGAGAAGCCAAAACAUAUUUAAUAAGGGCAAAUAUAGUUGCCCAUCAUAAAAUAUAAUUUUAAAAAGUUUAUUCAGUCAUGAUGGACAUUCUUUUCAAACCCGUGAAUUAUUAAAUGAAAAGAUAAAUGCCCUGUCUAUAUUCAUCAAUGCAGCAUAACUCCACUAGUCAUUUUGCCAAAGAUCUUGCCAUUGCAGAUAUCUGGAGUAAUGGUACACAAGAGAGAGAGAAUUGUGUUAUUUGAAAGGUCUUCUGCCUCCCCCUUUAUAUCAACCUGUUGCUUCUGAUCUUGUGUAGCAUAACAUUGCUCUUGCUUCUUCCUUGUUAUUGCUCCUUAACUCUUUUCUUGUCCCACUUUCGAUGUAAGGGUAUGGGAUACCUUUUCAGGAAGAUUCAGGGCUGGGCAGAAACAGACCUUAUAACAAUAGGACCUCUGGGAGCUCUAGAUGUUUGUGGACUUAUUAUCAUCCCUGGUUCUUGACAAUUUGGCUGGGACUCAUAGGUGUUGGCAUCCAACAUCUGUUAAGCUGCAGAUUCCCCAUCUCUGUAUUUUAAAGGCAAAUAGCUCUGUGAACCCUGAAGAUAGGCCUACUCAAAUAGUCCUGAAUAUGAAACGAAUAUUCUUCAACUCUUUCAGCACCCUUUGUUCCUUCUAAGGGUUCAUUUUGGUGAGUCUUAUAAUGAGGCAUCUUGCACUUUAAAGCCUAUAAUAUACACCUUGUCAUCUAUUGACACCUUUUGGGGGGAUUGCUGCAGAAUUGUUCCCAGACAUACAUUUUCUUUGGCAUAUUGAAACUAGCAUAUAUAGUGAAUGCUCUAUUGCUUUAGAAUUCCAAAUGCAGCUUUAUGGUACUGGUUGGGUGAUCCACCUGACACUGACCUCCCUCAGACAUGUUGUCUGCUAGAAUCCCUUCCUGGUCACUUCUAAGCACCUUUUGACCAAGAUAUCCCCUGAGAGCAUGCAGUUUAACUGGCCCUGUAACCUAACCGCUGUAACUUUUUUUCAUUUUCUGCGGCCAUUAACAAUUUCUGUUUUGGCAGCGUAGGUUGACCAACUUCGUUUAUUGUGGUGGGGGUGGCUUUUUGUGUGAAUUUAGCAAACAUUUUUAUGGAUGAUUCUAAAUUUUUCUGCUAUUUCAGUGUUUACCUGCCAGCAAGCUGCCAAUGGUUGAUAAUAUUUCCCAAAUGGGGAAGCUUGAAUGAAGAAGAAAACAGAAACCUAUUUUCCUUAAAACGCCCCUGGCAGUGGGGGGUCUGAAGUACCACUGCUGAGUUUUUGUCUAUUACAGAGGUGCUGUUUAUAAAUAUUGUGUGUAUGGAGGGGUGAAUGGGGGGCUUGUUUCUCCUUUAGUGGAGGAAGGAGUGUGGGUUGUCACCACACACUGGCAGGAAGUCAGACUUUCGAGAGGACACACCUGGUGGAUAGGGCAGCCCCCUGACUGGCUCAACUUCCUGCCAGCUCCACUGCAGGUUGCUCUUGCCGGCAGCUUCAGGCACGGCUAAAGAGAAAAGGCAGGAAUGCCAUUUUGGAAGGGAUUUUCCUUGGCUCUUCCUUUGUUUGUUUUUCCUGUCUCCUCUUUCUGCUCUUGCUCUGCUAUUCCUGCUCUCUCCUGGCUCCCCAGAUUCACCCCUAGUGUCAAGAAGGGUUGAAACACAGCUGAUGGGGAGGAGGAGAUUUGUUCUCAUCAAAUGAGUCAUUGGGAAGCCGGGCCACCCAUGCAGGCGUACCAGGGAUCUCCUUUGUGUUACGAUGUUUCUUCAGGAAUUUCUACACCCUCACUCUUGACUGAGAUAAUGUAACAUUUAUGUACAUUAAGGUAAAACAUUUAUUAAUGUGGGAUGAAGGAUUGAGAUAUGCUUAACAUUUUGCUGCUACCAAACACACUUGAGUUAUCAUCUUGAUCUGUUUUAAAGCCUGGGCUGGUCCAUCUCCCACCUUCUCUCCCUCAUCCCCUCCUCUCCUGGCUGAGGAAGGAUGUGGUGCAGAAUGGAAGUGGUCUUUUUUGCGGGGUGGGCGGAUGUUUCUGAAGGCUUUAUCAGGCCUCUGCUUUGUACUUUUCUGUCAUUGCUUCAAAUUAAAAAUUGCGAGUGUGUGAAAUGCAAUUCUACCCUAUUCUUUGAUUAGACAUGUGUCAUGUGGUGCUUUGUUCAAAUGUUAAUAUUUAUCUCUGAUGCAAAGUUGACUUACAGAGCACAACGAGGUUAAACUUCAAGAUAAAACGAUUAGCAUGCUGCAGCAUCUUUUCUUCCAGCCAGAUCUGCAAAUGCUCACUGCAGAAUGCACCUAAAAUAGCAAUUUCAGCAAACACUGUUAACCCUGAAAUACUGUUAUCUGUACUGGAAGGCCUGUGACUUUUUAGCUUCUGGAAUUUAGUUGCUCCAAAUGCCUCUUGUCAUUAAACAAUGCUGAACCUCAUUAUUGCACUGACUGAAAUUACAGUUUGAAAUUAAAUAAAUGGGCCUUUUGCUAUCCUAGCUAAUA